AUGCCUGACGAAAGGCACAUCGUGUCUGGCUCAGACUGCACGAUAUGCGUCUGGGAUGUCACACACGCAAAGCUGGUAGCAGCCACUCAAGGGCACUCAGAACUGUCGCGCCGUUGCGGUCUCUCCCGAUGGAAGGCUGCUUGUCUCAGCUUCCGAGGAUGGAACAAUGCGUACCUGGAACACAAGCACCUGGCAGACGCACUCGGUGUUUCGACACUGGCCUUGUCAGGUCGGUCAGGUUCCUGCCUGAUGGCUCGCGCCUUGUCUCUGGCUCUGUUGAUGGAACAUGCGCAUAUGGGAGGUGCCGGAUGGUGUUUCGUUCUCGCUUGCGGCUCGUAUCUCGUAUCCGGAUCUCCCGAUCUGACUGUUCGCGUGUGGAAUAUGCAAGCCGGACAGCCAACAUGCACCACUCUCACAGGACACAACGCCUACGUACUCUCAGUCGGCUUCUCGCUCGAUAGCAGUCACAUCUACUCAGUAUCAAUGGACAGGAUGAUCCAUGUGUGGGAACGACAAAGUGGGAAGCUGGAGUACACGAUUGGCCCGAUAGACACAGAUGGCGACUACGAUCCUUGGUAUCAACAGUUCUGGCCAGCUGUACUCAUAUAUGACGACAAGCGAGUGGUGUGCGGGUCGAGGUCAGGACGCAUAUACGUGUGGAAAGAUGGCAAGCAGACCCAUGAGCUGACCGGACACGACAAAGCAGUAUACUCGGUGGCAGUCUCACCUGAUGGUCGGACAUUUGCGUCAGGUGACGGUGGCGGGAAGCUGAUGAUGUGGGAUGGUAGUACGGGAGCGCAGCUGCGCAGUAUAUCUGAAGCGCAUACUUACCGCAUUGCAUCUAUCGCAUACUCCCAUGAUGGCGGUCUUCUUGCUUCUGGCUCUUAUGACAUGACUAUAAGUCUGUGGAACACAUAUACAUGGCAGCCCAUCGGCGAUCCGCUUCGAGGCCACAGCGACAGAGUUCGAUGUGUUGCAUUCUCGUCUCAGGGUGACAAGUUAGCGUCUGGUUCUGUUGACAAGACGAUACGGAUAUGGGAUGUAGAAAGCAGGACAUCGAUUGCAGUGCUCGAAGGACACACGGGCUAUGUACUGUCAGUAAUGUUCUCGCCGAACGGGGCUUAUGUUGUCUCUGGCUCGGCCGAUACCACGAUACGGGUAUGGAAUGCACCCACGUCAAGCAGGUCUGCUAAUGCUGCCAGCGCUCAGGACAUACAACAAAGUCAAAGCCUGAACUGGAAGAUCCACGAGGACGGAUGGGUUCGCGAUAGUCGCGACCACCUGCUUUUCUGGGUGCCACCUGACUUACGUGGCGCUCUCCUGAUGCCUCAGAACACCAUGCUGAUGUCACGCCAAGGCAAGACCGAACUUGAGCUUACGAACGCUAAGAUUGGGAAUGAGUGGGAAGCGUGUCACUGA